CACAUCCAAAUCGCAAAUCACAUAUCACAUAUCGCACAUCGUACAACGUAUCAUGCGCCUCUUUCUCCUGCUCGCAGGCACCGUCCUAGCAGACCAAACCCUCCUGCCCCAUCUUCAAGCCGCCCUUUCCGCCCCACUGGACAGUAUCAAGUCCGCCAUCUCUGACGCCUGGUGCGGCGGCCAGCCGUGCCCCGGGUACAUCGCCCUUCCAGGAAAGCCGGCUGCUGCUGAGAAGGGACAAUCUCCUGAGCCGGCUAGACCUGUAGAGGCGGCGUGGUGCGGCGGCCAGCCUUGUCCGGGGUAUCUGGCCGUCCCCCCGUCAAGCAAGUUCGUUCAACCGGGUGAACCUGACAAGCAGCUGCAGGAAGACAGCGUCCCCCCGAAGCCUGAGACCCGAGAGGAGGAACAUACCCUAGGCCUGUUCUUUACCCAAGGUGGCUUUUCCUGCCCUGGCGGAUGCUCGCCCUACACGACUCUCCCAGGUGCAGAACCAGGGAGCACGCAAGCUCCAGGUCCUGUCUCGUGUCGGAAAGACGAGAACGAGAAAGAGUCGCCUGUCGAUGAAGCUACGCCCAAC